GCCGCGGCAGGGAAGGGGCUUCUGCAUCGGGCAGACCUUGCAGAGAGCGGCGAGGACACUGAUUUAAUGAUGACCUCAGCCUGGCUCCUCUCCGCUGGUGUUACUGAGGCUCAGCCUUCCCAGGGACGGGCUUGGAAAGAAGGAAGUGCUUAUGAAUUUGAUCCAGUGUAAACAAGAAUGACAAAAUUGGAUAUCAGGAAUUACCUUGAAAGAAUAUACAAUGUACCAGUAGCUGCUGUGAGGACCAGGAUACAGUAUGGUGCAAACAACAAGAGGAAUCACAGGAAUCAGAGAGUGAAGAAGCCAGAUUACAAGGUCGCCUAUGUACAGCUGGGCCAAGGAAAAACCUUUCAGUUUCCCAACCUAUUUCCAGAGAAAGAACAAGACGCAGAAACUCGCUCUUUCGAUGACUUCAGGGAUAAAUUUAUGGAGAAAGAGAAGCAGAAGCAGGAAGGUGACCCCAAACGAGGUGGAGUCCCUCAUUGGUUUGGACUUUGAUGCAACAAGCCAGCUGCCUUUCUUUAGGCUCAGAGGGAUUUUGAUUAGCACAACUUGCGCUCUUCUUUUUUUGUAAUGACUGAAUGUUUAUUCUUGAGCACCCCUUGCUAGCAUGUCUCUUUUCUGGCUGUUUGUGCAUGCCUACAACAAAAUGGCCCUGAAGAAAUAAAAAGGUAAAAUAAAUCUGACUGCACCAGG